AUGAGCUCCAAACGCCCAGAUGCCUCCUCUUCCUCCCGCGACAUCGAGAUUGGAGGUCCCAGCGAGACAGAUUCACUGCUCGACAAAGGCCGUACAAGAGUGACGCGCUUCUUUCACGGCUUUGUAGACUUUGCAUUCCAGGGAAACAUUUUGCAAAUUGCCUUUGGUUUGAUCCUCGCCGCCGCCUUCACAGACCUCGUCAAAUCCUUCGUCAGCGCAAUCCUCAUGCCCCCCAUCUCCGUCAUCCUGCCCAUCAACAAGAACAUUGAGGAAAAGUUCGCCGUCCUCCGAGCAGGCCCCAAGUACAACGCCUCCUCGCCCGCCGGCGGCUACAACACGCUGCACCAAGCUCAGGCCGACGGCGCCGUCGUCAUGGCUUACGGCUCCUUCAUCUAUCAGAUGGUGUCGUUUAUCAUGGUCGGCUUUUCGCUGUAUGGGCUGGCGCACGUGUAUACGCUGUUGUCACAUGAUCCUAUUAUCAAGUAUUCCAAGAAGUGCCAGUAUUGCUUGAAGCGGAUUAAUGAAAAGUCUCGCCGAUGUAUUAAUUGCAGCAGCUGGCUUGACGGCAGAGAAGACUUAGAACAGCUCGAACAACGCAACUCGACCCAAAAUGAAUUAUGA